AUUAUAUUUCCCAUCUGACGUGGGCUAACCCACGCGGGUAAUACUUUGCUGUGAGCGACCACUGUUCGAACUCAUGCUCUGGAUUAAUCCAGGCGGAAUCGUCCACACUGCGACAUAUAUCAGGACGUAAAUUAUUUCGUCCCAAAGCCAUGGGAGGUACUCAGGCAAGAAGUUUGCCUCCCACUGUCCCAACGAGAAACAUGGGGUUGCAAUCGAGCAUGACAUCAUACAGUACAGUACAACGUGGCUGUGUGAUGCCAUUUUCGCUUGCCCCUCCUCCUCCUCCUUUCUUCUCCGCCCUCUCCAUUCGAUGAGCGCGUCCUACCCAACCAUCACGAUCGAUAUGGUCCUCGACCGCAACACGACCAGGGAGGUGCUCAACGGUGUCCUGCACGCGAUCCUUUUCCACCGCCUGUUCGGGCUCGUGAAGCCCCAGACGUUCGAAGUUCUCGAUGUCACGCUCCCCGGUGUAUCGGACACUGAGAUCGAGCAGCUCGUCAAUGAGAAGGUCGAGGCGUUCCGGAGGAAUUCUCAGAUCACCGUGACGUUCUCGGAAAAGCGGCCAAAGAAGUCGUGGUUCCAAGUGUACAUGGGUGAGGAGGAAGUACCAUGGGAACAGUGGGUAAUCAACGCGGAGGUGCGACAGCCUAGAACAGACCGCGACCGACAACAGUUCGACACAACACUGGCUGCCACGCUGACGAAAGCAGUCCAGACGAUGCUCACGCACACGUCUUCUGAGAAAGGGCGUCAAGCGGUUCCGCUCAUCACCAAUUCGUCCGGCAUAUCUCCGUUUCCUCUGCGAAUAGUGACUAAUGUCGGCGGUGUCGAGGUCGGAUAG